AAACCCAUUGUCCGAGAACCUUUUCCAAAUGCUAUUCUGGAUCGAUCACCUGUCCACGGUGCGUCGAAAAGUGUCGUUCUUCGCACGUGUUUCCGCGUUGGUGAAGCGAUAUCAGCCGGUUGUCAAAGCGUUCGCACUGGCAAUAACACAAUCAUUGAGCUGUACGCUCGCGUGACAUCCUCGUGGCGUGAACCAGCGCCAGGGCGCAAGCAACAUUUCGUCUUCAAGGAUCUGUACCACGACAGGCAACCUCAUCUCGAAGGAACAUUUGAGCUUUGGGGACAAGCGCCGCUGUGGGACCUUGACAGCAAACCCUUACUUUUGGCGGACACACAAGGUACGAUGUGCCGAGUGAUCGCCAGGAUGAGACGUGACGGACAGAAGUGGCGCCUGGAAGUGUUGAGCAUAUGGGAAGCGAGCUGGGAAGACAUCGAUUUCGUCGCGGGUAUUUAUGCCGGGAGUGUUCAGAAGUGA